GAGGAGACAGAGAAGGUGACUCAGCCAAGCCAGUAAGACUCUCAUUAUAAUUAUUAGCAGCAGGCAACCACCAAGGAUAUUUUUGCAGGAGUAUUAGUUGAUCACAUCAGAUUGAGUUUGUAGAUCUGCACCCUUCGCUGAGACCAUAAACCACCUGCAGCUCAACAUCCCUGACACAAUUUCACCUCUCAGACAAGUUUUUUACCUCUCAUUAUUUUCCCUGAACAGUAAGACUAGUAUUUAAAGGUCACGGCUUGUUGAAAUACAGAAGACAUUUCUACAUUCAUUUCUUUUAAUCUCAUUUCAGGGUUCCUACAUAGUUGGAAUUUCCAUACUUUUCUUUUAUUUUUGGAAAUAGCUUCUUUUCUAUUUUAGAAAACUGUUUUUUUUAACUGUGGUAAAAGUCUGGAAACCUAAAUAUUUUUCCACUUUAUUUUCAUUUACCAUACUUUUUAAGACCUGGCAAUUGAUUAAAUUACUUCCAUACUUUUUCAUACUUUCCAUACUUGCAUAGGAACCCUGCUCAUUUGUAAACUUCCCAGUUAAACUGUCUUUGCUGAAAUUACCAAAAAGACUGAACUAAAAGCUACCGAACUGAUUAAAAACAACAAGAAAUGUAAAGUACAUUCGCUGAUUCAUGGUGUUUUUAAUGUGGAUUGUUGAUUUAAGGGGGUAAUGAUGUAUAUCGGACAACUUUUCUGUAAUAUUUCAUAUUAAUAUUUCGUGUCUUUUUUCAGGGAAUCCUUUUUUUAGAGUCAAGGCAGCUGUGUUGGCUCAUAAGUGAACUGAGGGCAACAAUAUUGACCGUACAGACCAGGAAUUGAUCUGCCUAAUCUACCUGCAGUCUAAAUUGAGGCCUCUGCUGCAAAGACCCAUCAGACCUGUAUGACCUGAUGAAAACAGCGGAGUAAAGAUUCUACUUCCACACCAGGGGAUGUUAAAGAUAUGCACAUUUAAUAAUAUUUGCAAGAAAUUCAAAAAGUGAAACACUUUAUCCUAAACCUGCCAUGUUGCAGAGUCAUAUAUAUGCAAAACUCCACCCUGUAUGGAAGAAAGCCAGGUCUCGGUUUCUUAAAUUGAUUGGUCCUCCUGCUAAGUAGAUGGGCUUCUGUUUCAAAUUGUGUCUUUAACAUGCCCCUCAUUAAAAAUAAAUAGGCCCACUCUGCAAAUUGAACCAGCUGAUUGAUUUCCAUCACAGAACUUGUCCGGUGAUAUUGACAUGUCUGUUCUGUAUGAGUGUUACAUCUUUGAAUCGUGUCUCUGAAGAUAAUAGGGGUGGGGGAAAAAAUCGAUUUACAUAAGUAUCGUGAUUUUUUGUUUCACAAUUUUUAACCUUCCUACUGUGUUAGCUUUUACUGCGCAACCACUAUGUUGAGGGUCGCUUUUGACCCGUGUCUACAAAUUACACUCAAAACAAUUCUCUAUCACACAAUUUGACAGUGCACUAAUGAUUUCAGUUUUUGCUCUUAUCAUUAGAUAUUGAUCUAACUGGGUCAACAGCUAACACAACAAGUGCCAUGAUUUUAAUAAGAGCAUAUUAUAAUAAAGUCUAUUUUUUUUUUUAUUUUGUUAAAAUCGAGGUUCCUGACAAAGUCAAAAAGUCUUGAUGCAAAAAAGCUAAUUUAAGUGGUUCUUUUAAGCAUUUAAAAACAGGUUGGUGCAAACCCUAACACAGGAGGAGGGUUAAAUCGAUUUUUAUGUUCAAAAAUCGAUAUUUUUUUCAAAUUUAAGAAUUAAAUCUUAGAAAACUGACUUACAUGUGAUGUGUAUUCUUUGGGGAAAUAUGGUUCCUGGAAUAGUCAGUAGGCAAUCAUAAUCAUUCAACUGUUUCACUGGUGUUAAAAGUGAAGACUAAAAAUCGGGAAAAUCGACAAUAUUGUAGAAUCGCGAUUUAAAUCGGAUCGUAGAAGAAUCGGAUCGGGAGAAAAGCAUGAGACCAGGUCAAAAGGGCCACACCUGUAAGAGGGGGUUCGCAGACUUCAGACAGGGCGUUAGACCUGAUUCAUCAGACGAGAAAUAAACAUGAUAUUCUGUUUUUCAUCAAACGAAGCUGUGCGUUAAUUGUCGUGUUGUAUAUUUUAAACCCCCACCUGUUCUGGUGUUGAACGUAACCACAAAGACAGACACGAUCUGGUCCUUUUCCUCCCAUCUCACCAUCCUGUCCUCCAGCGUCACCUCCCUCGAGUCUGAAUCCGACAGAUGCUCCUCGCUGACGGGGUGCAGCUCCUCAUCCUUGCCCGCUGGGUCGCCGGAGGUCGCGGGUGGGGCGCUGCAGCCGUCUGCGUCGGAGACGGACCUGCUGGGAGUGGGACCCCCCGGACCGCUGCUCCACCCAAACCCCGGCGCGGAGCAUCCCGGUGACAGGCGACUGUUGGAGGGGCUCGCCAGUCGGUCCUUGCCGCUUGCUUCCCCGGGCUUCUCCGCGGACGGAACCUCCUCCCAGUCCAGCAGAGGGGCACGGUCCGACCGCUCCACCAUCCUGCUGUCGGCGGUCCCGCCUCGUCAGUCUCACCGCGGAUUGUAAAUGAUGCUUCAGCCGACAGGCACCAGGUCCAUCCGUGGAUAAUAAUCACAGCUCAGAGCGACUCCCACAUUAUAAAGUUAUUACAAACUGUUCUGAACGUUUGCAUUUUAAUUAAAUUAACGCUUCAAGCGGCGGAUUUAACAUCUAUCUUUUUAAUCUCUCUUGUCUGAGGUGAUCAUAAAUUUGAUGCUGUUCAGAGAGAGGGCAACUCCUUCGUCUAAAGCGAGCUGCAUUCAAAACAACUCACCCGUUUCUGUCAAAUUCCACUACCUAGAAUAGCUUCAAACGUUUGGAAACAUUAAACAGUUUCUGCUUCUUGAACGCACCCUGUUUCACAGCGGCAGGUUGUGUUUUGUUUGUUACUAACAGCACUUUCGUUACACGUUUGUUUAUUAAUAAUAAAGAUGCGCGCCGCUUAUUUGUAUAGUACAGUAAAAAUAAAUAAUAAUUAAAAUAUGUUUUUUAAAAUAUUUCUUAUUUCUGCUUUUGGUGAGUUUUAGAGUUCACCACGUUUUGUGAAUGUGUCGAAAGUUGCAUAACGAGACGCGAACGAGAGGCGAUGACACAGUUCAGCGACACGUCAACCACACGGAAGAAGAUCUCUGUCCAAGCUGCAACACAAGGACUGAAGUCUUAUCAAAAUGGGUGAGUUUGGCCGUAAUUCGUCGACUUUUCUCUUAAUAUAUAGCAUUAUUAUUGUAAAGCGUAUACCUGCUUUUUGUGCGUGUGUUGCCUGUAGCUAAAUUAGCUCAUGUUUGCUAUAUUGACAGUGAACGCGUUACAUCCGCCGUGCUUCAAUGUGGAUCUUAGCCACACUAGCUCUCCAAAUAAACCGAUUGAAUUACAAUAAAGACCUUUCCUGUACGACUUUGUAUUGAAAGCACGUUGUUAAAUGUCUUGUUUUGCCUCUUUUGUGUUUAUCAGGUGGGUUCUUUAGUCUCUUUUCGGGCCUUUUUGGCAGCCGGGAGAUGAGGAUCUUGAUCCUGGGUUUGGACGGCGCAGGAAAAACGACCAUCCUGUACCGGCUGCAGGUCGGAGAGGUGGUCACAACAAUUCCCAGUAUGUGAUUAUGGUAUUUCUUUAUUAAUCCUACCAACUAUUUCUUACAGGAUGCUGUAUUUUUCAUGUAGUAGUGUGAUGAAUGGAUUGGUUCACACAGUGAAUAUUUGGAGCAGACUUCCUGUAGAGAAAGUGGAUAGAAACAGGCAGUAAGUCUGGUUAGACUGGCUUUGAAUUGAAUCUGUAACACCUCAUAGACUAUGUAAAACAUAGGUCAAAAUCUAACCACUCCCUCUUGUCAAUGAAGACAGGUGUGAGGGGGAGAAACGGUGACUAUCUUUGCCUGUGGGGGGGAACUGUUUGAUUGUUUGAAGAUGGAAAAAAACAACAUGAACUUCAAUCCUAAAACACUAUUUCUAAAAUUAGUAUUUUAACCUGAAAUAAUAUACCCAAGAAAUAGUACUUGUCAUCAAAACAGGACAAUACAUGACAAAUUAAUCAGAAUCAGAAUGUCCUUUAUUGUCAUCAUACUAAAAGUACGAGAUUGGAGAGCUUCUUCUUUUCCAGUGCAAUAGACAAGUAAAAAUAAGGUAGUAAAAGUACAAAUAGUUGUAAGAAAGAAGGUACUGUAACAUUAGUAAUAUUGCACUUGUUACCUCAUCUUGAAGGCUGGAGCUGGUUUAUUGGAGUUUAAGAUGGUGAUGGCUCGAGGGAAGAAGCUGUUUUUGAGUCUGUUAGUCCUUGCUUUGAUGCACCUGUAGCAGGUCAAACAGUUGGGCACCAGGGUGUGAAGGGUCCUGGAUGAUGUUUUGAGCUCUGCUGAGGCACCAGGUGAAGUAGAUGUCCGUCAGGGAGGGAAGAGGGCAGCCCCCGAUCCUCUGUGCUGUUUUGACUGUCCUGUAAAUGUCUACAGACUGUUUCUAUCUCUACUUAGUUAAAUGUCUACAGACAGACUGGUUCUAUCUCUACUUGGUUAAAUGUCUACAGACUGGUUGCCUGACAUCCUGUGGUGCUGGUUGGCCCAGUCAAAGGAAAAUUGGGCCAUUCUGAAAGAAUUGAUUCACCUGAAGUCAUUUUUACUACACAGGAAAAUAACCGCAAGAGUUUUUUUUGCUGUGACAGCAUGAACUUCAACCACAUACGUGACACAUCACAGUGGGUCUCAUUAUUUAAGAAUCUGCACAGUUCACGGGAGAACAAUUUCAAGCUUUUGAAAGAAGUGAAUUUUUUAAGUUUGGUACAGUCAUUUACUCUCAGAAUGCAUUUUUAAAGAUUUGCCAAUACAGUAUUGGAGUAUUUUACUAUGUAUUUCUUAAUACUAGGUUGUUUCAAACCCUAAGAUUCAGCUUUGUUUUCCAACUUUUCCUGUCAGAUAAAUAAGAGAUGGUUUGGAAAUAUAAAUUGAACUUUUUAUACUGUAGAAAUAAUGAUCCAGGUAAUACUCUAUGUCCUCACUGUGCCUCUUUUGGUCUCUCUUUUUCCAGCUAUUGGCUUUAACGUGGAGACGGUCACAUUUAAGAAUCUGAAGUUCCAGGUUUGGGAUCUGGGAGGACAGACGAGUAUCAGGUAGGUUAUAGUAGCUUUGCUGAGUGUGUGUAUACAGUGUGUUUAACUCUAGUUUUAUAAUAGUUUCAUCUGGCUGCCUGAGAACUAAGAGAACGAUAAACAUGGCUUACUUUCUUGAUUUCACAUGAUUGAAACUUUUGUAUUUUCCCUGUCAAAUGCGUGAAUUUGCCAUUUUUAUUUCCUUAUGUGAACUUCAGUUCUGCUCCUCUUUUUGCCCAACAGGCCGUACUGGCGGUGUUAUUAUUCAAACACAGAUGCAAUCAUCUACGUUGUUGACAGCAGUGACCGCGACCGAAUGGGCAUUUCAAAGUCUGAGCUGGUGGCCAUGUUGGAGGUAAGAGUCUGAACAACCAAGUAAGAUAGAAAGACUUUUAGGAAAAUUCUCACUUUAUAUUGUCCGUUUGUGCGUAUCCAGCUCACAUUAAGACAAAACAAACGAUGGUUGUUUGAUAAAAAAUGUUUCAAUUCAUCCAGAAACUCGUAGAUAAACAGUUUUUUAGAUCCAAGAAGCAAUUGUGGGAUUGAAUUAGCGCUGAUGGCCUCAGGUUGAAAUUAAAUUUGUGGCACACACAGAACUCACACAAUUAAAAAGGAAAGUAGAGAGAUGGAGAGAAUGUGCCAAUUAAAUCAUGAAGUCAUUGCAUGCUAGACUUAGGCUACGUUCACACUGCAGGUUAGGAUGCACAAGUUGGAUUUUUUGUUUAAUUCGAUCUUUUUGUGCGGUCGUUCACAUUACAACAACAAAUGCGGUAUCUAAUGUGAACUGAAUGCGUCUGUGAAGUGACCCUGAGCGUCCACACUGCAGUCAUAUCGGAUACAUAUCCAAUUUAUAUCCACAUGCAAAAGAGGCCUGGGUCGGAUUUGCACUGUUCGCACUUACAUGAAAAAAUCAGAUAUGUGUCACAAAUGGUUAAAAAAUCAGAAUUGACCUGCAGUGUGAACAUCGCCUUAAAUUAGAGAAAUACAUCCGUUUUCUUUGGGAACGUUGGCGGUGCACAACAAGCUGAUUUAAUUCUGUUUUAUAGCACCAAAUAAACAGACUCCUGCAAACAGAUAUCAUUCAUUCAGAUAAGGUUGUCAUCAGUAACGCUCUGCUGUCAUCAAAAAAAAGGAAUUACACUGGAUGAGAUGAACCAGUCUGAUUUCAGAUCUGGAGGGAAAAUGACCUGAAACAGAAGACAAUCGCUGAGCGUGUCUGUCUCUUUUUUUUCUUUUUUAAUCAAUGGAACUUGACAGUUAAUUUAUUCUGCAGGCUACAUCUGUAAAGCAAUUUAACAUGUGGCAGAUUAGUCAUUAAAGGGCAGUGUGUAAAUGUCAGUUAUGAUUGCUGUGAAUGAUUGUUUUCUUUCCAACAAACCCCGUUAUCAACUGUAGCCUGUUUUAAUCUCUUAUGUAAGCUUGGACAGAUUAGUUCAAUAUUCAACAAUAGGAUUUAGUUUGAGGUGAAACCUAAAAAUAAAAUACUGAGUUUCUUUAUAAGGUACUUACUGUUCCAGCUGUUAUUUUGCUCCUAAAAACUUCUGUUCGAUUUUACUUUUUAACACUUGUGUGACUUCGUCCCUGUCCAGGAGGAAGAGCUGAAGAAAGCUAUUCUGGUGGUAUUUGCAAACAAACAGGAUAUGGACCAAGCGAUGACUCCCACUGAGGUGGCCACCGCGCUCGGCCUUCCUGCUCUCAAAGACAGAAAAUGGCAGAUCUUCAAGAUCUCAGCUUUGAAAGGCCAGGGCCUCGAGGAGGCAAUGGACUGGUAAGCUAUACGAGUUAAACACAACACGAUACAACUGAAUGAUAAAACUGCAAAACUGUAUUAGUUCAACAUCCUUCCUUUGUUUACCAAGACUGAACUGUGUUUGCUUUGUCCUCACAGGCUGGCGGACUCUCUGAAGAAUCGGCAGUAAAGGCUCCCGCCCUUCUGUACAUACUCCUGUCCUUUGUCCCUUCUGUAUGAAGCCUUGUGACUGACCCCUCCCCACUGGACCAGUGAUUGCACUCUUCCACACCUCCAACCCACCUGAAGCCUUGGCCAAACCCUCCCAAUGCCGAACGCCUUUUUACGCCUGGGACUCAGAACUGAAGGCUGCAGUAAUGUCUGGACUGAGAAACACACAAACACACGCAGAAGCCCCACCCCUCUCACCCUGGUGGCUGAUGGGAAGGUUAAAUAUGUCGAAUUCAGUUCCAUUUAUAAUUCUGUCGACGCUUACAUCCUGUUCGAGUUCGUCAGAGGUUAAGUCUGUCUGUCGUGAAGCCUGAAAACAACGUCCUGUCUAAAGAGAGUCGAUGCAAAUCCACCAGGGGGCAGCGUUCCCAAACGAGGACGAACAUCACUGCUGGUUUGAGACAACUCCACACAAUACGAAUAUUUCAUUCUGGCUUCUGACGCAAGAUGAGGACACAUGAUACUGGGAAUAAAAACAGCUACAUGAUUUCCAACCCAUCGGACAACUUUAGGUAAUACGCUGAACUGUCUGCGGUGUGUAACUUCCAUUUUUAGUGCUUCGGAUACCACGCUUCUCUGUCAUCGAUCUACUGGCUUAAAAACUUCAAAUUUCCUUGAAUAAAUCACACGCCUGGCCUCAAAUUGUCAAACAAACUCCAUCUUCUACAUGUUACCUGGCCGAGUGUUACUGCAGCCUGGGCUGUUUUUGUAUGAUAUCUUCAGGCAAAUGAAAACGUGAUUUCUUUCUCUUGUUUUGAUUCCUUCUGUUUAUGUGUUUGUUUGCAUCCCCCCCAUAUAUUUUUGAGGUAGUUUGGUAGUUUAAAGCCUUCUUUUUUUUUCCAUUGAAAUCCUUAAGUACAGCUUUGGCGUGUUAGUUAUUAAGUUACUGAACACUAACUGUAUGCUCAAAGUUUUAUGGUUGCAUAUUUAUAUCUGCUUGUACAGUGAAAAUGAUUCUCAGUAAAGAUUGCUAUCAGUGAUUGUUUCA